CAUUACGAACAAAGACAAUGUGAAUUUCGUGUUGACAUGUAUUUGAAUACUUAAAAAACAAAAAAAAAACAAAUCAAAGGAUGAUUCUUAUAAAACUUAUAUCUAUUGUUUUAAUAGAGUUUGUACACAAAACCGAAGGUGCUUGUUCCUGGCCGGCAGCCUUUUCCGAUACAAUGUGGACGGACGGACGGAAGGGGAAUCUCACGUUCACUUCCGGGGGAACUAUGAUUGGUUGGAAUAUUGCCACGUUUGUGACGUCAUGGGAGUGUUUCAAUACAGAUUUCUACGACUCUGAUAGUAUACUCGUUUUUAAGUCGACAAACACUUUCAAUCUAUUUGGUUCUGUAUAUGGGGCGUACAUGUGCUUUUACAUCACAACUUUGACAGACUACAGUUUCCGAUACUACAUUUACAGCCCCAUCAAUAAUGAAGACUUGGACAAGGAGAGACUGUGGGCCCUUUCAUCAACUGACCCUAAAGUCAGCGAUAUACUGGGCGGACUCUGUCUCGCGAAUCAGCCGAGCUAUAAACCAUCCGUCUCUGAAUACGGUGUUCUCAUUAAAACUGGAUUCCACGAGUCAGCCUUUAUAACAUGUCCCUACCAUCUGUUGGCCGAUUAUUCAUUUACGUACACAACCGACGACGGUACAUUGUCCUGUUCCGAGACUGAUGUCGGUGACGUCAUCAUGUGCACUGAUGUUUCUCAAAUGACGUCAUCUUCACUGGCAUGCUCCCAGUAUCCGUUAUACUCAGACUCGGGUUCAAGUCGGUGCAUUGACGUCGUUACGUCUGGAGCAAAUACAUUCGUUACCUUGUACAAUGGCGUCACUGGAUCAGGGACUUACAUGACGUCUUGUUUGGCCAUAAAUUCAGCUGGCACGUCGAUGUCUGUGACGUCAAACUUCUGUAAGAAUGCCCAGACACCAAGCGAAGUCCCUGUGGACAAUUUCGGGAAAGCUGUUGGCGCUGUCAUGUCGUUAGCUAUUCAAGGAGACCCCUGUCGUGAGUAG